AUGAACCGCAAGAAAACUAUCGACUACAUUGUCACACGAAGACCAAGAGACUCGUACGGUCCGUCAAGUUCCUCUAAACCUCGGACGGAGAGCCGAGAUCAACGAGGUCGAGGAGAUGGCGACCGAGACAAGAAACCAUUUUGGAAGGAUGACAAGAAUGUGGUGAGUCUUUGUAGGAAAGUGAACAACCAGCCGGAAACGCCGUCUUAUAUAAAUGCCAACUAUAAAGAUAUUUAUUCAUUCGCUUGCACAAAAUAUGAAGUCAGCGUAAAAUAUUUUGUCUUUGCUCUGACUUCCUGAAACUUUGCUGCAUGCGACAAAAGAGCUUACCUCUUAAUUUUCAUCUCACUGCCGUUUUUUGUAGCACAAUACCACAGCAUGAAAAGUUAAAAAAGAAAAAAGCAAAAGGAAAGAAAACACUAAAAACUGUACCUCUUUGUUCUCUGUAUUCUUCUGAACUGUCAAGUCUCCAUGGUAUUGUGAAACAUGGCCUAUAAGUCAUGAAGAUAACAGCUAAUUUGAGGUUUAUAAGCAUACUGAUCAUUACUGUAUUUACUUGGUCUUAAGCCAUAGAGGUAACAGCUAAUUUAAGUUCUCACACUAUACACAGAUCAAAAUAUGGGUAUGCAUCACCAAAAAAAUAGCCAUGAAUAUAUUAACCAAUAUAUGACUGUAAAGUCAUUUGGAUAAAUAGGUCAAAAUCUUAGUGGUUCUAAAAGAACAUAUAAAUAUAUAUUAUCAAAAUUACAAACGAGAAACUGAGAAAUUUAUAAAUCUGUUUGUUAUUGGAUGAAUUUCUACCUUUGAGUAUAACAUUUUACACACCUUGCCAAAGUUAACUGUCUAAUAGCGAGUGAAGAAAUAUAAGAAAAUUGGCUUGUCCAAAGAGCAAGGUGUUUUUUUGAUUACUUGCCAGUGAAGGAAGUUGUUUUGAAAACACACUUCCUUAAAGCAAUGUUUAUUUUUAAAGAGAGAUCAAAUAACUUGCAAUCCGAAGAGCACAAUAUAUAACAGUAAUUUUGUUUGGACCCUGUGUUUUGUCUAAUACCCACCCCUCUCUUUAUCCUCUUAUUUCCUGCUGGAAUUUAAGUCGGAAGUCACUGGCUUUUACGGUUUCGUUUUCUCUGUUGUGCUCAUUUUACUGAUACCCUUGCCAUAAAUAGCCUGUCAUUUUGUACUCGUCAACAAACUCACCCUGAUACACAUGUCAUACUAAAUUGCAAGCCAUGCUGUAUUUAAGUAAGUCUGGUGGGAGUCCCAGACCUCUGACCUGUGACAUCCAAGGUGCUCACCUCUUGAGCUUUCUGUGAAUUGUCACCCAAGGGCAAAGUGCAUUUCUAGGGGCGACCAAGUUGCUGUAUAGCAUAACCUGGUUAGGGUACCCCAUUGGUAUUUGAAGGUUAACAAUAUCAAUACUAAUCUUUCAGGAUAAUUGUAACAGGGACUUUGUUACAAGUGAUAUCUAUGGUUUUGCACUGCCAACAUUGCCUUUUGUUUCUCCUUAUUACACUGUAAGUCAAAAAUACCUGAUUUGUGCCUACUAUACAUGGACAUUGCUAAAACAUUAAAUGUUUUAUCAUCCUCUUCAUUGUGUACACCAUUACAGGUUCCAAAGAAAGUAAAAUUUUCAGCUUACUCCAGAGCAAGUUGUACCCUGUAAGUUAGGGGUGUCAGAAAGUUUUGAAGUAGACAGCUGAGUUGUUAGCAGCCAGUCCAAGGCUAUUUUAUUUACAAAAUGCCAUCCGUAAAGGAAUGCCAAGCAGAGUAGCCAGCCGAUACUAACCAAGUAGGCGGCAAUUUUUGCUGGCAGUCGGUUACUUUUGACAACCCUGCUGUAAGUAGGAUGUACCAGACAGUAACAUUUUCACCAGCAGGAGUAAUUAUUGCUGCAUGCUGUCUGGUAAGCUACACAGUACUGGGCUAUUUAUUAUCUGUGCCAGAUUGCACAUUCUGGGGGAAAAAGUAACAUUUGCAUUGCUUAGAUACAAACAUGUAAAAGUGAGAACAAACAAGUUGACAAAUCAGUAACAAAUUUUAUUGUGUAUAGAAUAAUAGUAGAAGGACAGGUCAAGAUUGUUAAUGGUGAAUCGUUGACUUAAAAGGGUUCUCCCCUUAUUAUCUGCCGUGUUUUUUCCCCAAAGUUUCAUAUAGAGACAAUCAUGGACAAAGAAAGAUUCAUGCUCAUUGUGAAAUUAGUCAUAAAUAUUGCAGGAUCAAGCAUAUGAAUGAUUUGCAACAUGCCUUCUACUUUCUAUUAGAAACCUUUAGUAAUAAUCAGUUAAACCAUCACUAGUAUGGCCCCUGUAAGUAUUGAUGGCCCUCUGUAAGUACUGUUCCUAAUAGAAAUACAAUAAAUAUGGUACCUGGCUAAUAACAUAAGGUGUUUUUACAGAUACAUGUAUCUGCCAGUACUGUCCAAUAUAUUUUACUGAAGAUAAACUGUGUAACUCAGUCAUAAGCUAAAAGUUUGUGCUGAGCAGUUUAAACUUCCAUAGUUUAGCACUAAUUUUAACAAAGGCCAAAAAAAUCUUUGUUACACCUUUUUGUUAAGCACACACUAAAAUUAUUGGCUUUAUUUAAAAAAAUUGUCUGAGAGGCAGUUAUGAGAGGACUAACGGGUAACUUAUGUAAUGCUUACAAUGUAUGUCAAGGGCAAUGUACAAAGGCAAGAAUGAAUGAGACCAUUUGCAUGGGCGUCAUGCCCUAAAUAUUCUUUCCAACAUUCUGCAUAACUAUGAGGCAGAAUUCUUGGUGCAACAUAUCGUUUGAAUUUGGAUGCUGUCCCCAACAAUUCAAUUUGAGGAAGUUUUGUUUACAAGUUGAGCACAUUGUUCUCCUGUUAGGGCUUGUCUUCAUUGUGAGAGACUGCCCUAAAGUAACUAAUCAAACUAAUGGUACCCUUUAUUUGUCUGCUAUCUUCAAUGUUGGUUCUGUGAAAGGCUGGGCUAUCUUCCCCUUCCCGCAUCCACUAGGUGGGUAGCCCAUUUGCCAUAGCUAACUUUCAAGUGUAAUGUAACAAACAGUUGUUUUUAAUGUUCAUGUAAUUUACUCAUCAGUUAAAGUUGUCAUGAUCAAAUUGUUUUUUUAAAGAUCUGGUUUAGUAAGAAGUAUUCACCUCCCUUUCCAAUAAAAUAUCGCACCCAUAUACUUAAGCUUCUUACAGUAGGCUACAAGUGUUUAUUACCAAACAUCCAAUCCAGUUCUCCUUUAUAAGGAAAAUAAACCAAAGGAUAUUACAGCUAGUCAACAAAAGGAAGUACCAACUUUAACAGGUCUGUUGGCUAUUCCUAUUCCUAUAAAGAUUUUUUGCUUUAAGCUUUUGACCAUCCAUUUGUCAAUUUGAAGUACUAAAGUCAUAUGUUAAUAAUUGUCUUGUCAAAGCUUUUUCUAACCACUCAUUGAUCCAACAAGUUUCUACCUAAAAGUUCUUUACCACUGGCAGAUGGAAACCUGAGAAGUUUAUUUUGAUGCUAAUGAACUGAAGCAAUUUUAUCAGAAACUACUGAGGAGGCCUUGGCAAAAACCUAUACAUUUUUUGGUGCAGUAGGUUCAUCUAAGCCUAUCUACAGAUGUCUGGUAGUUUUGACAAACACAGCUGUUUUUCAAGACUGUCCUUUGUAAAAUGGAGAUGACGGGGUCCUGAAAAAUCGUUCAUCCAAUUAACAUCCUCCUGAAAGAGAAAGAUUCGCUGUACAAGAUGAGCUGUGCUAUGCUGCCCAUUGGGAAACAAGCAAGUUUUAAUAUAGUAACAGAAUAUAUUUUGAUCUGCACUAUGGAAAGUCAGGAUCUAUAUAUUUUUGCGCAGCCAUUCAAGUCACCAGAUGUUUAAAGGGUAUGUUGUUGGAUUGCUUACCUUUCAUUGUCAGAAAUGACAUCCAUUAAACUUUUUUAACUUUCUGUGGUAAUCAUUUGAUUUUUCAUUCUUGAGAUGUUUAGGUUUGGGCUUUUAGUUGGGGCAUGCAGUAGUAGCAAAAUACCGUAAAAUCCCAUGUUAAAGCCCUGAACUUAGGUAACUUCAGAAGGCUUUUGGGUGCUUAUAAACGGAGGGGCUUAUAUUGGCAGGGGCGUAUGAGUCAAAAAACGUUUCAGAACUACAAGACCAAAAUAAUGUUUCUGAGAAAUGAAUUAAAGCAGACAUACCAUUGCAUUUAGAGUUACAUUCAUAAUACAUUUAUUGUGUGUCAAUAAACAGAUAAUGCAUUUCAAAAACAUCUAUAAAACUCUUAUGUGUGAGUAGAAAAACUGGAAGUAAACCUGAAGUGAACCUGAAGUGCAUGCAGGAAAGGUGCACACACGCUAAUGGGUGCAAUUCAAACAGAAAGGGGCGCUAGCUUGUGAUGUACCACUUUUCAUUAAGGAUGGUGUGUUGGAUUGGCUUCGGUUUAAAUUUAAUGCUGCAAGAUGAGCUGUGCUAUGCUGCCCUUUGGGGCUGUGCUAUAAGCAUAAGCUAACAAUGUAUAAGCAUCCUUCAGCAACCAUCUAGAGAGUAAAACAUGAAGAAUCAGUUUCAAAGAGCAAUUCCUCCAUGUUAGUGACUUAUCAUCAAGGUCUAUCAAUUUGAUUAGGUUGUCACUGACCUUUUAAAUUACUUGAUAUUUAGAGUUCUCUCAAUUCGGCCAUUUUCAGACUACAUGUUAGCCGGGGGGAGGGGGGGGGGGCAGGUUGCAAUCUGCAAUUUAUCCCCAAAGCGAGAUGGCAAGUAUCCCCAUCACUUUUACAUGGGAGUCCCCCCCCCUCUCCCCCUGGGCAUGUUAGGCUCCCUACAAAGUUAGGAUGGUCAAAUUUCCUCUUCUCAGCUUUUAUGGUUAGGUUGGGUUAUCAGUUUAUCCCUGGGUGUUAUUUAAACCAAUCCAAUUCAAUCCACCAGACUUUGUAAUUUGUAGUUUGGGCUACCUUCUCUGGACCUUAUGUAAGAGGUCAUGUAAUGUAAGUUCCAAAAGUUCUGCACUGCAGUGAAACUGUGAUGUUCUUUACAGUUUUAGCAGUUGUUUUGGCUCUUAAGGUCACAGUAUAUAUUCUUUAUUUUGUUACAUGGGCAGUUUUUUCUUCUUUUAAGGUAACAGAUGAGUUGCAGAUUACAGACCUGCCAAUCCUGAAAAAGAAAAAUCUGGAAUUUGACCUUAAAAUGUGGAGAUGCUUGAAGAAUAAAUUGGAUACUACUUUUGUUACCUUUCAUUGGGUCUGAGAGUGCAAGUUUACCUUACAACAUAGCUAGCUAUAUAAUAGAAUGGUAACCAGAAGAGCAGUCACUGUAGGGAUGAGACUUAGAGUUUUGAUCAUGAAAUCACAAGUACUAAAUGUAGAAAGUUGUGUGACUCUCGGCAAAAUCCUGAGAGUUGGCAGGUCUGUGGUCACACUCACAAAUUGUGAUAUCUUGGCUGAAGUACUGCCACUGUGGUCCUUGUUAUGUAUUGUUUACCCCACUCCAAUAAUCAGUAUCACUUAUGUAUGAUUAUUAAAUUUUACGAUUAUUAUAAUAUCUGGCAACUAUGGAUUAAUGGGUUUAUUGGCAUCACCUUUAACUGUUGAAAGUCAGUGUCUUUUUAACUUGUGUCCUUUUGUUUCUUUGCUGACUUUGAACUUCUCUUCUUCUUUCAGGACUUUUAAAAUAUAUUGUUCAGAUUAUAAUGGCAGGAUAAGGACACAGACUGUGUACAAAGCACAUGUUUAUGAACAAUUUGGGAAAUUGGUUGAUCAGUUGACCUCUAUAUUUCCAUUAUAUGAGCAACUGUUAUAGGUUAUUUUAUUGUUUACUUCUCAUGCUUUGAGGUAUAAUUUUCUUGCAUUUUCAAAUUCCAGUGUUAGUAAUGUCAGUAGGCAAGCAUGUUCGUUUUUUUUUUAAUUCCUUAAUGACUACUUAAUUCAGUGGUGAGCGUAAUCUUAGUCUGGAAUUCCAAAAGAUAUACUAGUGGCUCAAUACCGCUUAGGAACCUGCAUUUGUUAAAUGUGGAAAAUAGUGCUGUACUUCGUUCAACAGGAUGACAGGACAGGUGUAAACAUCUUGUGAGAGACCUUACACUUUGUUUGCCAGUAACUCCAGUUUUUAUAUAGUGAAUUUGUCUGCCCUAAUUUCUCUCCCCAAGGGUGCAUACAUGCUUACACAUAAUUACUUCCAUGAAAGAAACCUUCUGAAAGUUGUCUAUAACAUUUGGCUGAGAGCUACUUUAAAACUUAAGCAGACACCCUGGUGGGGUAGAAAAGGUUAGAUUUUGUGGGGACCAGAAUUGGUAAUGCACAUAAAAUACUUGAGCUCUUCUUUUCUCAAAACAUCAAGAAACAACUUUGACAAACAAGGGAAGUGCACUUUGCUUCCCACUAAACUAGAAGCUUUUUUGUUCUGUUCAUUGUUUUGGUGAACCGUUAAAGAAGCAACUAUUUUUCAAGAGAUUUUAAUUCUUCUGAAACUUUUUUUCAGGGAAAUGAAUCAAAUUACAGCACUUUAGAACAAUUGCAACGAGAGGCUGUUUUGAAGGAUCUACAAGAAGAAAUAUCAAGAUCUGUCCUUUCUCAAGAAAGUUUGUUAUUGUCUGGGCGAGAUAACAGAGACAGUUAUUCAAGAGAUAAAGUCAGAGGUCCAAUUUUAGAUGAGUUUUCAGAAGAUGCACGUGACUACCGCAGCUCAAAAUCCAAUAGGAAUGACUAUAGGGACAGUAGAGACCAGCAGCUAAGAAAGCAUGAUGACAGUCGCUCAAGAAAAAGGAGUUACAGCCCUGCAGAUGACAGGUCAUCCUCUUCCUACAGAAAGAGUAGAGAGGACACCCCAACAAAGCGUAGUCGCAGUACAACUUCUGGCAACCGCCGUGAUAGUGAUGAUGAUUUACGAAAUGUACUAAAACAGUACCAAAAGAGUAAAUGGGAAGAUGAAGAUGUCAGUAAGGACAGAACACGAUAUAACAGCAAGGACUUUGUCAGUAAAGUUGAUGGCAAAAGGAACAAAGAAAGCCUUGGGGUGUCCUCUUCUACUGACAUUUUCACCAUGUCAAGCCAAGGAACUCUUGGCUCUUUUUCUUUGGAGUCACUGCCUGGUAGCAAGGACUACUUUGAUGCUGGUUUUAGAGAAGAUUAUCGAGAGAAGGACUGGCUGAAAGAAGACAAGAAAACUUACAGAGACAGCUCAAAGGACAGAGAUUAUACAAGUAGCAGGUACAGAUCUAGUAAGCAAGAUAGAAGAGGAAGAUUAGAUUAUGGGCUAAGGUAUGGACCAGUUCAUAAGUACUCUAACAGGGAUGAGUAUAGAAUUAAUGACCAACUUUGACUGCGGUAAAAUCUUAAUUGCUUCCUUAUCAAGACUUAUGUGGCGAGAGUUUUGAUAUGUAAAACCUUUUCCAUGCAUUACCACCUAAGCCUUCUGGCAGGUGAAAUGUGCAGUUGCUUGACCAUGAGUAGUAAGCUUUUUUAUUCCUUAAAGUGCAUUUUGCACCCCGCUUUGUGAAACACAAUUGUCUGGAAAGCACUUUUUCAUGUUAACAAUGAUUUCUUUGUUUCUUAGGGGCAAUGAUUUGGAGAACAUGGACUCUAGAUUUAAAAAUGAUGACCGCGAAUUUAGUAAUGAGGCAGAUUUGGAUCGCAUUUUGUAUCAAAACAGAGAAUCACCUAACUAUGGAAGCUUGGGCAGUGAAAUUCUUAGAGACCUCUCAGUGACAGAGCUAGCAGAAUUGGCAGGCGAGAAGUUCAAAACUGGUUUUGAGCUUGGAAGACCAUUUUUUGGAUUUGACCGAGGUCAACAAAGAAACAAAACAGGUACAUUCGUAUUUACAGGUAAAUACUUUGAAUUAAAUUAGUCUUAAGGCUAUAGCAACAGUAAUGAAUAUCUAGAGGGUCGGACAAUUAUUUAAACAAAAACCAGAUUUCAAGUCUGCAGUAUCGUAGUGAAACGUUACUGUGGCAUCCAGUACAGUGUUCUGGAUGUUAAAAGUCUCUUCUCUAGGGUCGUUUCACUUCAUGAACCAUUGGAUUUAACUUAAUAGCAGUAACUUCUUUUUCCAUUAUCCUUAUUGCCGACCACAUGAGACCUCUAAGAUACAGCAGGUUGUUUUAUCGUUAGUGCACUAUUCAUUAAACCACAGCCGUCACCAGCAUUGGAUUGUGUGGAGCCCCAUACCUUUUAAGAAGGACGUGGUAAACACGUUGUGCUUAAGUAAUGUGACGCAUGCAUGUAACUUAGCCCUUACUUACAUAAUCCUCUUUUUCCCCUAAUAAACAAGUCUUUAUCAAUAGUUGUUUCUUCAAAAUGGGAGCUUUUUUCUAGGAAUGCCUCUAUCUAGGUAUUAUCAAGGGUUAACCAGUCAGGUAGGGCACAGUAACUCGGUUAAUCGUCCAAAUUUUUUUAUAGGUGACCGGGCAACUUGCCUAUUUGUCAACUUGCCUUUCCAAUAUCCCGCUUUGUUGUGUACUCCUCAUUCUGAGAACAUGCCGCUCUGAAGGUUUAAGCCUUCCAGUAGUUCACUAGCAGACCAAAGACCAAUUGUCAUGUAGGUGAAUUGACCAGAAUUCUUUGAAACCUCAGCCUCAACUUCGAAGACAAGUAUACGAACAAAAAAAAAAUAAAAUUGUAUUUUUGUGUUGAUGCUUAAGUGUUAACCAGGCUUUAUUAUAUUAGGUUGGCAAGACCAGACAGCUGCGGGAGGAACUACUGCAGACAGCGUUUGGAAUGAAUCUUCUGACUUGUUGCUUGAAGGACGAGCUAAAAGCUAUGGCAAAACCUACGGCGACGAUGACUUUUUGCUGAACCGUGACAGAAAAGACCAUAAGGAAGACAAACCGUCAAGCUUUAAAACACAAAAGAGAGAUUCAUAUAGUAAAGAUGAUAAGAACGUUAACAGUGGGCAAAGAGGCAGUUUAGCACCAUUGCUUAAGCCCGCGAAAAGUGGCUCAUUAAACAAAACUUCUGGAGGCACUAGCUCAAAAUUGUCUGCCCCUUCAACCACCAAACCUGGGCCAAAACCCUUGUUUCCAUUAGGGUUUAUGCCGAGACAAGUCAAAGUGCCACAAGGUAAAAGUACUCAGAAAACGCCAUUAAAUAAAGGAAAUCAGUCGCCACCAUUGUUACCAAAGAAGAGCGGCUACUUUCCAAGACACACGGAGACGAAAUCAAGAUCGCGCAGCAGGAGUUCUGAGAGAGUUUUUGAGAGUAGCGACUUUGGAGCUAACACUGGCGCAAAGAGACAGGUGAAACCCCCCGGCAAAGGAAAAUUCACAACGCAGAAUUGGUCAAACCCGGGAGAUAAGAACAAGAAAAUAGAAGGAAAGGAAAACGCUAGUUUAAAAGCCCCUCAACUUUUGAGUGGCACCCGAGGAAGAGGAAACGUCUUGACCAAUAACCGUGGAAACCGUGGCAGAGGAGGAUUCCAACAGAAGCCUGGUGUUGGAAGGGCAGGUGCAGGGAUUGCUCAGAGAGGCAGAGGAAGAGGUGUUAGAGGUAAAGGUCCGAGCAAUAGAGGAAGAGGUGCUUCUAGAGGAAGAGGUUUGGCGGCACGUGGAAGAGGCAGAGGCGUAGCGCAACCUCCUGUUGGGGCAACAGUGAGAAAUAUCUUUCGGAGAAGUAAAUCACGCAGUCCCAGAGAAGGAAAGCACAAAAGAUCCUCCAGGUCCUCUGGCAGUCCAAGGGGAAGUAGAAGCAGAAGAAGAGGUAGCAGAAGCCGAAGCCGAAGUCGAAGCAGUAGCUAUUGCAGUACUUGCAGCAGUGGUAGUUGUAGUACUUGUCAUAGCUGGCGCAGCAUAAGCGUUGACAGUCUUAAUGGAGAUCAAGACAAAAAGAGACAUGGUCACCAUAGAGGGAAGAGUGGCAGGAGGUAUGAUGUGGACAAAAAGUCUGAGAAGUCUUUGGAUAAGUUAAAAGACGAUAUAAAACAUAUGGAAAAGCAGCUAGAGCAGAAGAAGGUCAAAGAUCACUCUGUUUCAAAACUAUCAGAAAAGCCAUUUGAUAGUAAGCAAUCGAGCAACACGACGAACGAAAAGAGGCCAUCAGAGACAAGAUUAUCAGAUAAGAAACCACCAGAAAAGAAACCAUUAGACAAGGCCCUCGUCGAUAAGAAGCCACCAGGCAAUAAUUCAGAUCAGAAGACGUCAAAAGAUGCCCUAAAAGGAAAAUCGGAUGUUAAAAUGACAAAGAGUGACCCAAAAGCAGGCUUCAAACAAACUAAAGGUGGAAAAUUAAAGGACCAGAAGGAAAGUGUGUUAGAUAAAGAGGAGAAACCCGAACGAUCAUUCGAUGACAGGAAAGACGUAAAAAGAAAGACUGACAAUUCCAGAGAAGUGAUUUUAAAAAGUGAUAAGCGCAAGGAGUCUCCUCUUUUCAUAAAGAAAGAGAAAGAAUCCCCUGCAAGAGAAGUGAAGAUCGUCAGUGAAAAGAAGAGAAAAGGUGACAAAGUCCUUGAUGAGUCUAGCUCAAAGAUGAAAGCAGGCUCGCUGAAAAUAACAAUCGAUCAACCUAAAUGGUUGAUUGACGCCAAAAAGAGCAAAAAUAUUGAAAUUGAUCAGCCUAAAUGGUCGACUGAUACAAAACAGAAUAAAAAUAUGGAAGUAGAAGUUGAAAGGACUGUCGAUGUUAAGAAGAAGCCUUCCAAGUCCCCUCCUAGCAAGCAAAAGAAGAAGGACAAAGAAAAAGUGAAGUCGAAGAAGGCAAAGAAAAAGUCCAAGAAAAAGAAGUAUGACAGAGAUAGCGCUGAUUCAGGAGAUGAGUCAGUUUACAGUAGCAUUUCUGGACAAGAUGACUUCCCCUCUAGUAAUGAUGAAAAGUCCAAGUAUUUACAGCCCUACGAUCAAAGAAUCGUAGAAUUCUCUUCUGGAGCUGUUGAUGCCAAUAUGAUAACUGUGCAUUACGCUAAACGAAGUAAAAGUUCAACUCGUCCAGUCAGCCGAACGUCAACCGAAGGAGAGACCUCAAAAAGUUCUCAAAGUAGGGCUAAUUUAAUCACCAUUCCUGUUUCCAAAGAGCCACCUUUGUUGCCAAAUGUUAGCCGUCCACGAAAAAGCAGCGGUGCUCCUCCUCCUUCUCAAGAGAAAGUGUUCGAUGACGAUAAUAGUGAUGCGCAUUACUCUGAGAUAUCGUAUACCGGAAAUGAAGCCAAUGUUGAUUAUGAAACAGCCGGGUUUGCUGGGGAGUUUCAGGGUGAACAGGACUAUGGUCGUUCGUACCAGGGCGACGAGGAUCUGGGGCAAGAGUGGGAACCAGGUCAUGGUGAAGAAGGUGAAUACUAUUAUGAAGGGGGAGGAGAGGGUGAAGGAUAUGAGCAGGAGUAUUACACCUAUCCUCAGGAGGGUGAGGUGGCUGGUGCUGGUGUCGUCCAAGAAGGAGAGAACUAUCAAGAGUGGUAUGAGGGUGAAUAUGUGGAGGGAGGUACUGUGGAAGGUGAAACUGCAGGUGCCGAGUAUGAAGGAGAGUAUUAUCUUGCUGAGGACGGCUUGUAUUAUCCUGUUGAAGGCGAAGCUUAUGAGCAAUACGAAGGGGAGUAUGUUGAGGGUGGAGAGCAUCAAGAGGCGGAGGCAGUGCAGGGUGAGGCUGUUACUUAUGAUGAGUACGGUUAUCAGUAUACUGAAGAAGGUUACCAGUAUGUUGAAGAGGGUCAACAAUAUGCUGAAGAAGGAGCAGAGUGGCAGCAGUAUGGUGAAGAUGGUGCUGCCUACCAGUCUGGAGAAGGCUGGGGUCAGGGUGAAGUGGAAGGGCAGUGGGAAGAGUACCAGGAAGGAUACCCUGCUGAACAGUCAGAGUGGGGCCCUGAGUACACUCAAGGCAUUGAAUAUGAAGGACAGGAGUAUCAAGUUGAAGGGGCUGAGACUCUGCCUCAGGAGGGUUAUGACGUUAGUGACGUGUAUGAGCAGAGCCAGUAUUACGUCGAGGGUUACCAACAACCUGAAGAGCCAAAUAGUGUUGAGCAGAGUUUUGAACCACAUUUACAAACGGAGCAUGAUCAGAUCCAAGAGACUUCGGCAAUAAAAGACAAUUCCGAAAAUGUGUCUGUAGUCCCGCCUAACGUCGGGGACAACAAAAAAGAGGCCAAACCGCUCAAGUCCAUUCUUAAGAAGGGCAACCAGGCAGAAAGCAAAGGAACAAAGUUAGUCAGUGAACGUCUUGCUCAAAUGAAGAAUCAACCCGGAAGCAAAUUGGAGACGCCAGGACUCGGUAGUACUCCAGCUUCAUCUUCGCAAACAGCUGAGACAACAGGACAAAAUCCCAGGCAGGAGGAAGAAGCCAAAGCCCAAUCUGAAUCGGAUCGUUAUCGUGAAACCGAAAGAGAAAUUUUGUCUUCCCAACCCAAAGAUGCCAUCGGCACCGAGUUUAUUGUGCGAGUACACGGUACUGGGAUGUCCAGUUUCUAUUGCAAACUGUGUAAUUGUCGUUUCAAUACACUAACAGCCAAGAACUUGCACGUCAAAGGGAUGAAGCACAUAGAGCUGUAUAUUCGCUUAAAGUCCCAGCUCUUACAGUCUGUGAUAAAGGACACAAAAGUAGCUACGGCUAAGAGGCCUACUGAAGAAGGUGCCUCUGGUGCGCAGAAAUUUCCUCGCAUACUUAACUAAAAAUGACAAGAACCUUUUUUAGCUGUAAACUUAAUAUUACCCUCUGUGAUAAAGUAUGCUACACUCGAUAUGUCACUAUUAUUAUCUGAUCGAGUUUACUUGUCAUUUCUUCUGACUGGCAUAUCUUGAAAGGCCUACAGUCUUGGACAAAAGUCCAGGAUUGGGAUUGGGACAGUACUGCAAUAUUUAUAUUUCUCUGUCAUUUCUCGUUUCCCUCUUAAAACGGCGCAUCCGUUUCGAAAAUUUCUCGCAGUUCUCCCUCCCCCCACCCAGUACAAAGUUGAAACUCGAAGAAAAAUUCUGCAUACACGCGUCCAACAUUGUUUGUGAGGAGAGGUUGGACCUGUGUGAAUUGGAAAACGCCCCAGAAAUGCAAAAUUGUCCCAAGACUUUUGUCCAUGAUUGUAGUUGCAAUCGUAACCAAACCAUUCAUCCGGACGUUUGGUGUAUUAUCCUCUUAGUAGAUAAGAAUAGUGACGUGUCAAGUCUAGUUUAUUGAGGGAUUAAGACAUUUUCGAAGGGAAGCCCAUGUUAACACUCACUUCCAUAUAAUCACCUCGGCUGUUGUCAGUAUUAUUUCCAGCUUCUUCUCCAACAAAUGAUGGGAUAAAAUUCUCAAAUCUGCUAAAAUUGGCUUUGGGCGAUAAUUGUGUCUUUUGAAAGUCUUACCUCUCUAGACUGGCCCACUUUAGUAGAACGUGUCGUUAUUUCAUUUUGUUUGGCCCUGAAAAUGUAUAUUGUAUUUACGUUUUGUUUCUUACUUUCCUUGUAUUUACUUAUAUUUACGUCAUCCUCGUAGACCCGUCCUGAGCGGCGUCGGGGCGAGAGAAUUCAAACGAAAACUUUGUCGUGCCGACUUUUGCCGAAGUCUUGAAUUCUUCCACCUGUUUCUCGGUCUCCGAUGGUGGAGAUGUAUUUAAGUGUACAAAAUGUUUUCAGCGCAGAGUUUAUACGAAAGUUUCUUUGGAAGUGUAAUCUUCUGUAUUUUGAGAACACAGAUCUUUGAAUGGUAAAAUUCAAAUGACAUGAAUAAGUGGUAAACUUACAAGUACGUAGCCUCCCAGGCAGACGUUCUUAAGGCUUCGUCACGCGUUCAACGUCAUCAAUACAAAAAGUUCUCAGAGAAACUGCUGUUGUUCAUGAGUUAUCGGCGCCCUUCUCAAGUCGUGGAAUUUGUCACGAGGCUUCAGUCAAUUCAUCUGACAGUGUCUUGGUGCCCCGCGGAAAGUUCGAGACCGCGUUUCCUAUCAAGAGUCGGGGAAUUACUCUGGACUUUAAUAGCCACUCUUAUACUUCUUCUUCGGUUAUCCUUGUACUGGGAUUUUUUCCACUUGUAUUAGCUGAAGUCACGUGACCAAAUUCACUCGAGAGAGGGGCUGAGAUGAGGCUAAAUGUAAGUUGUUUCCCUUUGUAAUUUAUUAUGUAUAGGAACUCAAUUUUGUUCAUACAUUCAAACCUUUUACUUUUGAUUAACUUAUGUUUAAAAAUGUAAGAGUAUAAUCAGCUAUCAGUUCCUUGCUAACAUCAAAGACGUUUACAGUUAUGUCCGUUUCUUCUCUUGCAAAAUA